CUUACCUGGUACAUGACCAUACCGAGUAUUAGUUUCUAAAUUACUGACCAGUAUUGAAUCGUUGAUAUCAUAAAAUUGGAGAUCCAGAAUCAUAGUCGAUCGAACCUCUUACUUUUAGUUCCAUACGUAGUACUCCGUAGUACCGGUUCUUUUACUGCGGGGGGAAUCGGAGGCGGACAAGAAUAAAACAGGGAAAAGCCGGGAAAGAAGAAGAGCGGCGGGGACUGCGGGGGGGGGAAGAGGAAGAAUGACGAAAACCGCCACGUUUGUAUGGGAUCCGUAACCGCAUUGCGUCAAUGUACUAGAUCUCCGUAUUGUCAGUGAUCCUGACGUUCUCCUUACUCAACUUGGUCUCCACCGGCAAAAUAUUAUUGCUCUUAUGACCCUUUGGACGAUGAUCUUAAAAAUGAUACGAUGAUACUAUUUAUACUUAUACUUAUCCCCUCUACUCUUUAAAGUCUUCCAGUUUAGUAUACUCUCAACUUACGUACUCGAAUCCUACAUAAAACAAAAACCCCUCCUCACUUGUUAACCCGGCCAUUAUCACCUCACAUCCAUUGGUGCCCUAGUCUUCCUGCUUUCUCCGUUGAACCGAGGUUGCGCAUUACUUUAAACCGGUCCAUUGCGGCCCAAUACCACUUGAUCUCCCCUCCUGAACUAUAUGCGCAUAUCCCCUCUGUGCUAAGAAAAACAAACAUCUCAAUCAACAUCAACAUCAGCAUCAUGUCCGGACACGAGAACAACAGUGCUCCCCCCGUGGGACAGGAGAACAUCAACACAGACAUUGUCACCCUCACAAGAUUCCUGACGGAGGAACAAACGAAGGUGCCAGAAGCCACUGGUGACUUCACACUACUCUGCCACGCACUUCAAUUCUCCUUCAAGUCCAUCGCCUACUACAUCCGUCGUGCAUCCUUAAUCAACCUGACUGGACUGGCAGGCUCCUCAAACACCACAGGCGAUGACCAGAAGAAGCUCGACGUAAUCGGCAAUGAUGUCUUCAUCUCCGCCAUGCGCGGCUCAGGGAAAUGCCGUAUCCUCGUCUCCGAAGAAGAAGAAGAAGCAAUCAUCUUCGACGAGCACCCCUACGCCCGUUACGCAGUCGUCUGCGACCCCAUCGAUGGAUCCUCCAACCUGGACGCUGGCGUCUCGGUAGGAACCAUCUUCGGUAUCUUCAAGCUGCCCGACUCCGUCCUGGGACCCGAGAACAAGGUCUCCCCCAAGGACAUCCUCCUUCCCGGUACCGAGAUGGUCGCCUCCGGCUUCACCAUGUACGGUGCCUCCGCCCAGCUCGUCAUCACCAUGCGCAAUGGCGGCGUCAACGGCUUCACCCUGGAGAACUCCCUGGGCGAGUUCAUCCUCACCCACCCUAACAUGACCCUUCCCACCAAGCGCGCCAUCUACUCCGUCAACGAGGGCAACAGCAGCUACUGGGAGGAGUGGACCAACGCUUACUUCCACUCACUGAAGUUUCCCCCCGAGGGCCAGAAGCCUUACAGUGCUCGUUACAUCGGUAGCAUGGUGGCUGAUGCUUACCGGACGCUGCUCUACGGUGGUGUCUUCGCUUACCCGGCCGACAAGAAAGCCCCCAAGGGUAAGCUGCGUAUUUUGUACGAGUGCGCACCCAUGGCUAUGCUGUUUGAGAACGCCGGUGGUCUCGCUGUGAACUCGCGCAUGGAGCGCCUUCUAGGCGUUGUCCCUGAGCACAUCCACGAUAAGAGUGGUGUAUUCCUCGGCUCGAAGGAUGAGGUCCAGAAGAUCAUUGACACGUAUAACAAGUACAAGAAAUAAAUUGGCAAUUUAUUGGCCUGUAUGUGGCCGGCUUGUACCCGAGAGAUCUGGUGAUUCACUACGGGAUAGUAUUUAAUGUGGAUGGUCAUGGGUAUUUAAUGUAUGAAAAGCGUCCUGAACUAAAUAAAUACUUAAAUAAACAUUUGAAAAUUUAUAUAAUUGUGCAAUCCUUCUCAGUUGAUAUCCCCGGUUAAAUAACUAAAAUAUUCCACUUGUUAGCGCUAGGUAUGUUUAUAGAGGGCGGAGAUAUAUUCAGCCUUGAAUGGCACCCGUUAGCUUCUAUAAUAUCACAAUGGAUUUGAAUGUUCCUGACUCCAAGUUAUUACCAGUUAGCUAGCCCGGUGAUUCCCGUUGGACAUAUA